UGCCCACAGUAAAGAACUCUCUCAAAAGCCUCCAAUUUGAAUCAACCCACACACAGAUAUACACAUAUAACGCUUAUUUUCUCUUUCAUUCAACCAAAAACCACACACAUGGUCAAGCUCCCAUUCCUCUCCAAGGCAUGGCCUUCUUGCAACCAACCAAGAACUCUCUCUUUUCGAGACAACAACAACAUGUUCAAGGCCAUUUAUUCGGACACUCCUACUACUACUACUCAAGAUUAUUCAAUAUUGUCCACAAAUUCCUCGGAAUCAGCUAGUUUUUCGACAUUAACGUCGGAAGAUUCGGGAGGGGAUUGUUCAAUAGAGACAGUGAUUCAAGGUUUAAGGUCAAAGAGGCUCUUCUUUGAGCCAGGUGAGAGUAAUUCAAUACUAGAAGAGUCAAAAUCAGGUGGGUUUCCAUUUAAAGAGAGUUUGGUGAUGGCCAUGGAGUCACAAGACCCUUUUGUGGAUUUUAGGAAAUCAAUGGAGGAGAUGGUGGAGGCUCAUGGUGUGAAGGAUUGGGAAGGUCUUGAAGAGCUUUUUUGUUGGUAUUUGAGAGUGAAUGAGAAGAGUAAUCAUGGUUAUAUUGCUGCUGCUUUUAUUGAUCUACUUGUUUCACUCUCUAUUCAUGAUUUCUCUUCUACUUGUAAUAAUGCUAUUCAUGUUGUUUCCUCUCCUUCUUCUCCAUUGUCGUUUUGUACUUCUUCUUGUGAUGGUGAUUCUUCUUCUUUAACUCCUUGUAUUUCUUCUGUGGAAGAAGGAGAGAGUAGUGAGAACAAAGAGAAAGAUGAUGAUGAUGCUUCAUCUUAAUUAAAUUAAUGAAUGUAUAACUAGAUUGAUAAAUCAUAGUAGAAUACUUCUUGAUAACCA